AUGGGCGGCUCCGUCUUCAAACCCGAGGGUCUAUCCACGCCACGCAUGCCUCCCACAGUCUACAACUCGGUUCUCUCCCGCGCCGAGGAGCUCCUCCGGGUACACUUCAAGCUCGUGGGCCAUGCGAUCGAAGCCCCUGCCAAGUCCUCUUACGGAGAUAUCGACAUCCUCGUGGCAGAGCCUUUCGUUCGAAAUGUGACUGCUGGGCGUGAAGUUGGGCAUUUCCUGGCAAAUCUUCUGGGGGCCGAGAAAUGGAAGAAAAUGAGCGGUACAUCCGCGUAUCAUUUUGCGCUGAAGUGGCCAGAGGAAUUCGAAGAUCUGCUCAUGACCGAGGAACGAACGGUGCAAGUCCCUGGCGACAAUGAACAUCGUCCAAGAGAAGCCGGUGCGCAAUUAUCUGAACAGGAGGAGCAAGAGACAGCCUUUAAGGGAGACAAAGCCGACACCAACAACGUCGCUGCCAGUGUAGCUGCUACAUCGCCCACUACAGUUGAUAGUUGCACGGUCUCAUCCUUACCCAUGCGCCUUGGAUCUACUCAAAAACAUAUCCAACUCGACGUCAGCAUCAUGCCUACCUCCGAAUACUUCCGCUGGCACAGUUUCCUCCAAGCACACGGCGAUCUCUGGCAAAUGCUUGGAGGAGUCCUCCGGCGGUUCGGCAUUACCCCUACCACAAGGGGACUAUUUUUGCGGAUAAAAGAAGUGGAAAUGCAUAACAAGGAGCAAGCGAGAGUCCUCAUGAGCAAUGACCCAGCUACGGUCCUGGAAUUCUUGGGAUUGGAUAGAGAAAGGUAUUGGCAAAUGUUUGGGAGUUGGGAGGAAUUAAUGGACUACGUGGCAAGUUGCAGGUUUCAUGACCCGGCACGCUGGAAAGAUUGGCCCAAACAUGACCAGAGAUCAGAAGGUGAAACUAAAGAAGAAAUUGACACAACGGCCGUGCUUCUGAAAGCAAAUGACCGUCAGCGCGCCGCCAAACGACCGCUUUUCGCGUACUGGAUCAAAGAAUAUCUUCCUGCUCACAUCGACGAGCCACCAGGCAAGUCUGCACUCCUGACGAGGGAAGACGUCGUCGAAGACGCCAAGAAUUAUUUUGGUGUCGAAUUUGCGAACAGGUUUGAAGCAAGGAAGAAGAAAAUGGUCCGCCAGAUCAAGGUGGACAAGUUGUGGGCUGAUAUAAGGAAGAGCUUGCCCGUGGAAGGGCCAGAGAUUGGGUAUGUCAUGAAAGGGAUGAAGAGAGAAAUUGUGGGACAUCGCGAAGAGCAACCGGCGGAGCUGGAAAAGCUUGAAGGGUCAGACGAAGUGAGGAUGGCAUAUGAAGCAGGCAGAUUUGAUGAUGUCCUGAAAUGGGCAACGCUCAACUGGAACGAGCUUGGUCAGAGGCAGAAGAGGCUGGACCUGGAAAUGAGCCGGGUCCAUCUUUUGGAGAAACUCAAUAGCGGUGGGCAGCAGAGGAAGGGGAAUGGUAGGAAGAUAGCACAGCAGGAAGCGUUAUCUCCUUCAUCUGCGCCUACAUAG